AAACUAAGACUCUCCAAAUGGAAUUCCACUUGACCUUUCUUGUUCCCACUGGCCUGUGCUUGUAUUUAACUGAUGCCGGGACAACGGAUUUCUCCUCAGAGGUGUCCAGCGUUGACAUGACAGGCCUUAGUGUUUUGUCCCCGCCAUGUUCAGGAGACAUAAGCUCAGCUCUUUAGAGCACAAGAGAGACGUUUCCACUCACGGACCUUCCCUGCCCCAUAAUGACAUGAGAAGUUUCUUCAGCUUGUCUCAGCUUGUCCUCUCGGCUGGCCACCUGAAACCGCCUCCGGUCUUAAGGCACUCAAAAACAACUUAUUUUGAAGUGGAGAUUCUUGAUGCCCACAGCAAAAAACAGAUCUGCGUAGUGGACAAGAUACCACCAUCAUCAACGCUUCUUGAUGUAAAACAUAAGUUUCACAAAGUAUGUCCCCAGUGGUCGCCAUCUCGCAUAGGCCUGCGACUUGAACGCAAUGGGUCUUACUUGAGAGACUCCGUCAACAUAAAGGCCCUUGCAGCUUCUUCUAUCAUUACGCUGUAUUUCACGGACAUGGGUCAGCAAGUCUCCUGGACAACAGUUUUCCUAACUGAAUAUACUGGGCCUCUUCUAAUCUAUCUGCUCUUUUACCUUCGCCUCUUAAGUAUUUAUGAUGCAAAGGAGAGUGCAAGAAGUCUACGCCAUCCUGUAGUUCACCUGGCCUGCUUCUGUCAUUGUUUACACUAUACCAGACAUCUACUGGAGACACUCUUUGUGCAUAAGAUUUCGGAAGGGCACACUCCCCUGAAAAAUAUGAUCAAGGGUUGCACUUUUUACUGGGGGUUCACGUCUUGGCUUGCUUACUACAUCAAUCACCCGCAGUACACUCCUCCAUCAUUUGGGAACAAGCAAGUGACUAUUUCUGCCCUUGUGUUUCUGUUGUGUGAAGCUGGGAAUCAUUUUAUCAAUGUUGCAUUAGUCCAUCAAAACCAAUCAGGGAAUAAAGGCUCUUUCCCAAGCCCAUCAAUCAACCCUUUCACAUGGUUGUUUCUGUUUGUUUCCUGCCCAAACUAUACAUAUGAGAUUGGCUCUUGGAUGAGCUUUACAGUGAUGACACAAACACUGCCAGAAAGCAAAAGAAUCAAACUUCCAGCCCUGCUGAUGAAAAUUGGCACCACUAACCAAUCAGCUAAACCAUGGUUGGAGUUUUUGCGUUACUAAUGGCUAUCCAGAUGGCUCAAUGGGCCCGAAAGAAGCACCAACUCUACCUGAAGAAGGGCACUACGUACAGGUGGAGAAAAAGAGCCAUGAUUCCAUUCAUACUGUAAAUGCAAGCAGAAACGGCCUGUGAGGAUCCAGCAUGAAAAGUACAAAAAGAAACAACAGCAUAAAUUUUGAUUCGUUUCGUUAUGGAAUGGGAUGCAGUAGACUUGCUUUCAGACACACCUACAUUUAAGUGUUUUGUUUAAGUGAAAUGCAAAUAUCGGGCCCAGGAUCCAAAGCAUUAUUUUAAGUUAACAGAGAGCACAUACUAUACAUACAAAAUGUCACGUGGUCCGUCUUUGCAAUCUCCAGCUCAAAAGAGUCGUCAGGAGCAGGUUAGGCAGUUUCUGCCCCUAAGCCACUGCUAACAGGAAUUUAAAAUACUGGACACAAUGCACCAAUGUUCUGACACUGUGGACUUCUUUGUGUGUAGCAUUAAUUGUAAAAAAAGGGACCCUGUUCCCCCUGUGGACACCCCCUCCAUCUGCAGGUGCCGCGUUGGAUACAAAAAUAAUAAUUUAUGUAUACCCAACUCAUCCGGCAGGGUUUCCCCAGUUGCUCUGGGCGGCUCCCAACAGAUUAAAAACAGAAUAAAACAUCAAACAUUAAAAACUUCCCUAAACAGGGCUGCCUUCAGAUGUCUUCUAAAUGUCAAAUAGUUGUUUAUUUCCUUGACACCUGAAGGGAGGGCGUUCCACAGGGUGGGUGCCACUACCAAGAAGGCCCUCUGUCUGGUUCCCUGUAGUUUUGCUUCUCGCAGUGAGAGAACCACAAGAAGGCCCUCAGAGCUGGAGCUCAGUGUCCGGGCAGAACGAUGGGGGUGGAGAUGCUCCUUCAGGUAUACUGGACCGAGGCCAUUUAGGGCUUUAAAGGUCAGCACCAACACUUUGAAUUGUGCUCGGAAACGUACUGGCAGCCAAUGUAGGUCUUUCAAGACUGGUGUGAUGUGGAUAGAAUCUCACAUGCAGACCAGGUUCUAGUUUUUUUGUUUCAAACGAACCAUAGGCACGAAUCUAGAAAUAAACCAAGAACACAGACAGAAUUGUAUGACACACACACAAAAUCAUGUUUUAGUUUGCUUGUGCAGUACAUGGCACAUGUGCCUUGUGUCUGUGUGUGUAAUGGUAAGCCCACUGGAGGGGGGAAUAGGCCUGUAUAGGGUUUUUUGAUACCCAGUGUAAUAACUCUUCAGCUUAAACCAACAAAGCUAAGGCUUUGUUUAAUAUUGCCUUGCUUAGGAGAUAAAUCCCACUCUCUUGAAUGUACGUGUAACAUGCUUUGUGUCAGGAUACAUGUUGCUUAAAACAUAGUCACUGAGCUUCACAGCUGCAAAUACAUAUCUUUUCAAGUUCUAAACAUGGCAAUGUUUCCAUGCAAUUAUUUCGUUUACUGUCCACCAGAAACAAGGUAAGGUUCAUAUAAGAAUCUUGCUUGAAUGGAUUACAGACUUCUUAUUCUUUCGGGGUUUGGAAAUCAUUUGCCUCUUCUGAUUAGGUGACUCUUGAAUGAAUGAGCAGAUGCAAAGCCAUUGUCUGAAUUAGUAAUUAAAUAGUAAUUGUGAUUAAAUGCGCCUCUGUUCCCAAGUUAUUAUGGAAUUAGAUGACAGGAAAUGGAUGGAUUAAAUUAGUUUAAACUUAGCAGACUAAGUAAAACUUUUUGUUAUCAAAUGUAUCGAGAAUCUAAUAUAGUUCAAUUGUAUCAAUAACAUAUUCAUUAUUUUCUUUAUUAUGGUACUUAUUCUUAAAAUUGUACAGGAGUUUUAAAUAAAAAAUGCUAUUUUUUGAAAG